CCACGCUCCAAUUAAAUAGCCUGCAUACCAGGAAAUUAUUGGUUGACUUUUCACUUUUACGAAGCAUAUUCUGCAAUCAAGGGAGGCACCGGGGAAUAAUAAUGAUUCUUUGUAAUUAAAGACAUAAUAUAAAAGCAUUUGUGCAUAUUUGCACCUGUACAGAUUGGAAGUCUGUCAAUCAUUUCGUCGGUCCGCAUCUAACACCAUGCUGUCAUUGUUGUGUUUGAGUGUCUUAGUGUUAUUCUACUUUGGUCACGGGGCCAUAAUUGACAGAAGUAAUGAGCACUUGGAACUCAGUUCCAGUCAACAUGAAACCAACAAAAUAAAAAGUCAUCCUCAUCUUGAAUGGCUUUUACAACGAAAUAAAGAAAAGCAAUUUGGCGGUGACAAAGUUCGUCUAUCAUUCAUAGAGGGGUUAUUAGAUGAGCCAUUGCUUGAAAACGGUAAAACAUCAUCUAAAACUACGUCUUUUGUUGAAGUGUUACUUAGUGAGCCCCUGUUUGAGAAUGAACUAGCAAAAGCAGUGGUCAAAUCUCACAAGACUCCCCAAGAGCUUAUAAACAUCCCAGUUUCUCCCUCGUUAACAAUGAUGAAGUCUACUCAGAAGUUACCGGACAUUUUCUAUCCACCGACACAGGAUCAGUUUCUGAAGCGCGAACAGGAUCGGGAUGAUUUUCUUGACUUGGUUGUUGAGGGCCUGGAAUUUGUAAAGCAGACAAAGGAUACAAGAGAGAGAAUUGGCAAUACAUUGGAUAGAACCUCACAUGAUGAUGAUGAUGUCACGUUUGAAGAUCAAAUGAGGGAUGUUUCUAAUGAAAGUAUGUUUGAUAUCUUACACAGUAUACCAGGAAUCGAGGAUCUGGUAGACGAUUCUCUUCAUAGAGACAGUAAAUUUGGCCUUCUUACUACAAACAAUGUGUUAGAUUUCAACAACAGAAACGGUCUCAAAGGAUCUAUUAGAGUUCCCGAAAACAACAAAGUCUUGCAAGAAAGGAUGAAAUCACCAGUUCCACAGACUUCAAUCAGGAAUAAAAAGUUCCCUAUCAAGGCACCAAAUCCCACAUCAGCAGGCUUUACAACUUUUCGUAAAGAUAAAAAGCAAAAACAGUCUGCACAAAAGAAAAAGAUUAUACACCGACUAGUUUAUAUUUUACCUUCAACUAAAUCAAAAAGGCGUCAUAGAGAUGGCCGAGUACCCACCAAGAAGCUUUUAUUAACAUCAAAAAGAAACAAAGACAUCAAUAGAAAGAAAGUUUAUCUCUUUCCAUCAAAACUGACUGUAGCAGCAGACCAUCAUCACAAAGGAAAACAGAAUUCACAAUGGACUUUUUCAAAUACAGACAAAGCAUAUGUCAUGAACAAACAUGCCCCAGCAAGUGAGAAAAUUAGAAACACUUUUCAGAGGGCUACCCUUCCGUCUCAUUUUGAAAGUUAUCCAUCCCUUAUCAAUUUUCAAGAUGAAACUUUUUUAUCAAAUCAUGAUGCUACUUUUUAUCAAUAUGAUCCAGAAAUGACACGGUAUAUCACUGAUUCUUAUGAUGGCUAUACUUUGUUUCCUUAUGUACAAAAUCACCAUAUGUUGAAGUCAGUACACCACAAAAUGUCGAACGCCUACUAGAAUUAUGAUCCGGCUCCAAGGAAUAAUUUAUUGGACAUUGCCGCCCAGGUCAUAUUUGAAUUUUUUUCCAGAAAUCAAUAGGGUGGGCAGUCGAAAAUCAAUAAUACUUUUUUCCGUAUCUAAAGUAACAAAUCAAAAUAUAAAAAUACAAAAACUAGUCCCCAUAGAAAAUUAUGAAAUACCACCAUCAAGUCAAACUCUUUGGUGUAUCUUAAAUGUUAAUGAUGGAAUAUUUAUUCUGCUUGUAAUAUAUAUUCUUCUGUGAUUUUACUACUUAUUUAUGAGAUAUAUUUAUUAUGUUUGUAAUAUAUACUCUUGUGUGAUUUUACUUCCUACUUUUAGGAUAUUUAUUCUGUGUCCUAUAUUUGUCUUGUAUGAUUUUACUCCUUGUAUGUCCAUUAUUUAUGAUUUAUGAUUUGCUUCUUUACUGGUGUGAUUGUUAAAGUUUACAGUUGUUAAGGUUCAGAUUCAACGUAUGUGAUUUGAACUCUGUCAAGUUAGUUAGUUCAUAAAUAUUUAGUUAUUUCAUAAAUAUUUACCUUUUACAGACGUCGUUCUAUGUUUGUAGACAACACGUCCUUUUUCUUUUUAAAUUAGAAUAGAGAAUCUAUUCAAUUGAGAGUAUUAAUAUUUUACAAUUGUAAUUUUAAAAAAAUUUUUUACCGCUUUUUUUACUUAGUCUAAUGCUAAUAAUUCUUAUAAAAAAUUAUUUACAGAACAUUAUUAUUUUAUUAAUUCUCUGUCAGACCAUUAUUUUAAAUUUAUGCCUCUUUAAAUUCCGUAGAAAUGGUAUCGAUAUUAGAAUUUCCAGUAUGUAUUGUAUAUGAUUAUAUAGAUUCCUGUGAAUGCAUCGAUGAAAUAUGUCCGGGAAAACUCGAGUUUGGUAAUAAACUGAGCAAUAUAUAUAUUUAAAUUUGCUUUCUACAGGAAAUGGUUCGUAAUUAAUAUUUAAUUCUCUUAGUAAUUUUAUAAUGCAUUGCUAUAUUUUAUACAUUGCUAAUUAUAGUUUAAGGUUGUUUAUCAUGUUUAUCGUAUUAAAUAUAGAAAAAAUACAUAAUCAAUAUCUCUCUCUCUCUCUCUCUCUCUCUCUCUCUCUCUCUCUCUCUCUCGUGUGUGUGUGAGAUUAUGUGUUAGUGUGUUAUCUCUCAGUGAGAUUUAAUCUUUAGUAGACAGUCAAUGAUUCAGAUUAUUUUGUAAUCACGGAAGAGGGGGGUAUCGUGCGUCUCUUGUUCGACUGUAUCUCUACCGGUUCCCU